AUGACGUUGAACAAUGAGACUUGUGAGUCUGCAAAACCUGCCAAUAAUGCAAGGGGUGAUUACACUAAUCGCCCAAAUUCGUGGGUUGCAUAUGGACAUGAUACGCGAAUCACCUCUUGGUUACGAGCGAUUACCGGGAAUAGGAUUCUACUUUAUCCGGAAGAAAAGCCCGGAUUUGCUUUAGUGGCAAAUUUAGAAGAGAAUGGACGCCAGAUUGAAUCCGAUCGAAGUCUUAGUGACUCUCCCAUAACUCUAGCACCAACUUCGUACUUCCCGCCGGGUGCGAAUUCAGAUCCAGCACACACACAUAAUGAGACAAGAAAUAUAGUAUAUUGGUACGGACCAGAUGAUCCAUCCAACCCGAGAAACUGGUCGUCAUGGAAGAAAAGACUUGUUACCUUUCAGAUAUGUUUAUACACCUUCGCCAUAUAUUCUGACUCGUCGAUAUAUGUGCCAGCUGAGUCCCAAAUAAUGGAAUAUUUCCAAGUCAGUCAAACGAAGGCUUCAUUGGGGUUGGCAUUAUAUGUGUUAGGAUAUGGCCUCGGUCCGUUGCUCUUCUCGCCCUUAAGUGAGGUUCCAUUAUAUGGUCGUAAUAUCCCGUAUAUUACCUCCUUCAUCAUCUUUAUCGUGCUAUGUGUCCCCACAGCUUUAGUGGACAACUACGCCGGACUUAUGGUUCUGCGGCUUCUUCAGGGCUUUUUCGGGAGCCCCUGUCUGGCAAGUGGUGGUGCCUCAAUGGGAGAUAUGGUUCGUGCAAAAGAUGCCUCUUAG